AUGAGUCAUGCGGAUAAAUCUCAAGGAGCUACGACUCCGUCUCUUACAAGCUCAGCUUUAACAACCACUCCAAAAAAUCAGAAGCACCAGCACGCCGCAGAUCAAGUCCAACAAUCCGCGUUUCAUAAAGACUCUCCACAUAGGCAGUUCAUUGAUUCCAUGAACAUGGUUGUUAACGAAGCUUCCUCUGCUAUCGACAAAGAGGUGGGCCCCGACGUCCAAACCUUGAAUGUCGAAAAUGCGCUCAAUCUUUUUGUUAGAGAAGGCUACGUGGCAACUUCGAACAGCAAGAACAUGGAGAUGCUGCUGUUUAAGGUCAUACCGCAACUGCAAGACGAGACAGGUGUCAUUCAGCGAUCAAUCCUAAUUUACUACCUAUCAGCCCUCUACCUGGCGACACGACUGCCCUCCAUGCAAGAGGGCUCUUUUGAUAUCCCGACCCUUAUUAACCGAUAUACUCUCCCCAAUCUUCUCACCCUCGCACAGAAGACAAUUCAACUUAGAUUUAAUUAUGUGGCCCACUCUUUAAACCAAACGCACACUCAGGCAGAGAAAGCAGCGCCCUCAUUCAUGCCUGAGAUUAAUGAUAACGCAAAGACUCUAUCUGGAUCCUACUGGAAUAAGCUAUCUCUCAGCUCCGAUGAUGUUUACAAGCGAGUCAAUGCAUGGACAGAGCAUAGAAACAAAGUCAGAGAAGAGACAAGGCAGAAGGCGGAACUAGAGAGGGCAGCUGAUCUGACAUUUAGUCCAUCAAUUAACAGACGCCCUUCCAAGCAAGAAGAAAGGGAAAAGGCAAAGCAGACCAAUGCUGAUGUCGCUGGGAUUCAGCCUAGUAAUGUUAACACUCUAGAUGCUCGCAGACGGAUGGAAGAUGCUGCUGCUCUUAGGCUAUACGACCAAGGUAUGGCUAGGCAUACGCGAAUCCAGAAGCUUCACACAGAGCAUCUGAACGAUAAAAUGAGGCAAGAAUUGGAACAGUGCACCUUCUCUCCGCAGAUAAGAGAGCUUAAGCAACAUGUUAUUAAUGGAUCCGGACUAGUGUCAUCAACAGACAGCCACAGACGGUCUAUUGCUAGUGCCAUCUCACGAAUGCGUCAAUCAUGCACCUUCGAUACCCCCACAAAAUCCAUCAAAUCUGGAUCACGAAAACAGAGUCAGUCUCUUAUGAAAACAUUAGAUCUUGUUGUAUCGCCCUCGCCACCCUUCUCCACUUCUCGUAGCAUACGCUCGGUCACGCCUCGAGGACCGCAUGACGCUGCGGAUAAAAGCGUCAGGAGAAUCACCUCGUCGUCACCGUCACUAUCGCAAGAGAGAAAACUCUCGACUGCAGGGCUUUUGACGGAAGAAACAUAUAGCCAUAGAAAUCCCAAAGCCUCCUCUCACUCCGGUGGGUAUCAGCGUAGCGCAUCUGGGAGCUUCCGUCCGUCUACGUGUGACUCAUUCAACGCGCGAUCCUUCAAGGACGAUGCCGGCUUCAAAAGUAUGAGGUCUCUGUCUCGUUCAUAUUCCCCAAUUCAUCCAGCAAGGAAAGUAAUUAAUGAAUGCACGAACCCCUGUAGAAAUAUACUCUCUUUUGACGCUGAAGCCAGGACUACCUCACUACGUUCGAAAAAUAAUCCAGCGCGAAUUGCCAGUUUCAAAAACUACAAGAUGGAGCCAGAUGUGCAAGCGUCUUCAAUGCCGGCACUAACUGCCCAGCAGACUCGUUCCUUGUUCAUUCAAAAGACUUUCUUUGAGACGCACAAUCCUAGUCCUACCCUACCCAAGAGCAAAAAUUAUCAUGAACCCCACUGA